UUAUAGAGUCAUGCGGGUAACUAGUUUGGUGGUUUCCUUAACGUACACAAUGUUAAAAUGUGCUGAUGAAAUUCUCUAUUUUAGACACACUUUUUGUAGGUCUUGUAUAAGUCAAGCCAUAACAUCAAGACCAACUUGCCCAGUUGACCGUUCCAGACUUUCUGAUGUCAAUGAACUUAAACCUGCUUCCAAGAUAAUAUCCAAUAUGGUUAACGAAUUAUUAGUUUAUUGCCCAAACAAAGAUCUUGGCUGUAAUUAUCAAGGCCAACGUCAACUAUUAAGCUGUCAUUUCAAAGAAGGAUGUAUGUACACUAUUGUAGAAUGUUGUAAUGAGGAGUGUCAAGAAGCAGUAUUUAAAAAAGACCUAACAAAACAUAUGGAGAAAUGUCGAGCAAAAGUUAUCGACCACGAAAUAUGUAAAUGUAAAGUUCAGUUAGGUACUUUAGAGGGGCAUUGUGACUCUUGUCCAAUGAAGCAUAUCGAGUGCCCCUACUGUUAUACAACAAUUCCUCAGUCAGCUAAUGAUACGCAUCUUGAAGAAUGUUCUGAGAGACCUUCCACAUGUCUUCAUGCCGAAUAUGGUUGCUCCUGGACUGGCCGUCAACGCGAUUUAUUGAAAGUUCAUAUCCCGUCUUGUCCAUAUGAACCCUUGAAAGAUUUUUUCGUCAUCUACAGACAACGCAAUGAAAUUCUUGAACAAGACAAUAAACAACUUCGGAUAACAGUUCAAGAGCUCAAUAAGACGGUUACAUCUUUGCAAAGUCAAUUAUCUAGUAUAUCCGAUUGGUUAUCAUCUAUGUUUCCUUCUCACUUUCUAAAUCCAGAAGAUUCAGUAAUGACCUCUGAAGGGCCACCGCCUCUUUUAACAACGCAUGAAUUACUACUAUCGGAAAAUGAACAUUUCAAAAAUGAUAUUGAAACUUUAAAUGUUGCUCUGAUGACAGAAAGCUUGAGAACACAAGAGGAAAUACAGAAUCUUAAGAAUAUAUGUCAUAGUUUAAGAAUGCAAAUGUAUUAUUUGUUGAUGGAAAGGCGAGGUGAUGAACCAUCUGUUCGAAAUGUUGUUAGCACGCCUGUGGCUAGAUCAGGUCUUACAGGAUCUCUAGUAUCCGGAAUAUCAGGUACUAAUGGAAGUACUGUGUCGGAAGCCGAUGUUUUAACAACUACCAUCCGACCACCAGGCCCUAAUAUUCCUUCGAAUAUUCAACCACUUAGAAAGUUUGGCUCCUUUGAUCCUGAUUCCCCUCGACAAGAGAAACUUUGA